AUGAAGCGCCCCAUGGUUGGGUCGGCUUGCCCUGGUCACGACGUGAAGCGACAACAUGUCAACGAUACACACGGCGCCAUGGCUUCCCAAAUCACCUCAGCAUCCACGACAUCACUCUCUCAAUUAUCUCAGGCCUUCGAAGAGGAUAUGCUGUCCCAGACCACAGCACCGUUCGUCAAACGCGAACUUUUUUCUGUAGACAGCUGCUGGACCCCGCAAGAGCUUGGAGAAGAUGGAGGCAUGAAGCAGGAGUUAUUGGAGGAAAAGAAGCAGGAAGCCGAGUUUGAUAAUGGGGACAUCGGGGCAUCCAUUCCUGAUGUCGCGGAGUUGUUGGAGGAAAAGAGGGAUGAAGCCGCGUUUGACGAUGGGCACUGCGGGGCAUCCAUUCCUGACGUCGCAGAGUGUUUCGAGGAAAAGAAGGAGGAUUCCGACUUUGGUAAUGGGGACUGCGGGGCAUCCGUUCCUGAUGAUGUCGCGCAGGAGCCAGGGCAACCGCGAAAGAAGUUGAAGAAAUACCUCACUGCUGGAGAGAUUUUGGAACAGAUCAAGAGUGGGCACUUCGAGUCUCUGGCAUCUAGUCCACACCUGCAAAAGGACAUCGGCAUCAAGGACUCAGCAUGGGAGAGGCUGCCCGCCCGCGACUGCGUGCACAGUCUCAUCGGACAGUACAACUUGGUCCGACAACCCCACGAGCUGUACCACUUCGAGUACAGUCGAUCUCCAGAAGGCGUCACUGCAUGGUUAGUUACGACAGGCUUCUUCCAGAGGCAGUUCAGAGGCUUUGCCAGGCACGGGUCGGGGGUUGGAAGCGGCAAAAAGAAUAAGCCUGCCCCUUUCCUUGACAAGAGAGCUGCCGAGCAAGUGGCUUGUGAAGCGUUCAAACGAGAUGCUCAAGUGCAAGAAGUACGGCAACUGCUUCCACCAAGGAUGGACAGGAUUCGAAACUUCUUCUUUCUUACUAAAGCCCAAAGAGAUGAACUUGAAGAGUUGGGAUAUAAGCCGUCAGUUGUGCAAUCGGACAUCGCAAAGGCCAUUUAUAAUGGCUUCAGGGCUCUCGGCUGCCGUAACGUGUUUUGGGACGAGCAGGAUGGAUUGUCAAAGAAUGCAGCCUGA